AUGUUCCGUAGAUCCCUCACGCAAGCGCCUCGCGCUGGCGUGCGAUUCGCGUCCACCUCGUCCACCACCGCUUCAAGGCGAGCGUUUUCAAAUCGAUCCGCUCUCGUAGCUGUGGCGCUCGCCGGUGGUGCUGCCACUGCAUACACCUUAGCUAUGCCCAGCAUCUACGCCGAUGCUCCCGAUACUGUACCAGGUGACACUCGUCCUCAUCCUCUCUGGUCGCCCCCUACCCGUGCUCAGAUGCUCGACGCCCUCAAGCGCUCAUCCGCAAGCAGCCUGCGACCCAAGUCGUCCAAGGCCAAGUCGGACAACGCCAGUCUCUUGCCUCUUGCCAAAGACGCCAAAUCCAGCAGUCCCAGCCCCGCUGCUUCCGCCCAGUCUGGCGGCGCUGCUGCCUCCCGCAGCGGUGACGAGGACGACGAAGGAUUUGACAUCCUCGUGGUCGGUGGUGGCGCUACUGGUGCUGGUGUUGCCGUCGACGCCGCUACCCGUGGUCUCAGCGUUGCCAUGGUCGAACGGGACGAUUUUGGCGCCGGUACCUCCUCCAAGUCCACCAAGCUCGUUCACGGUGGUGUCCGAUACCUCCAGAAGGCCGUCUUUGAGCUCGACUACGAACAGUACAAGAUGGUCAGGGAGGCGCUUCACGAGCGAAAGACCUUCCUCAAGAUCGCGCCUUACCUCUCCGACCACCUGCCCAUCAUGCUGCCCGUCUACAAGUACUGGCAGAUUCCUUACUACUGGGCUGGUACCAAGAUGUAUGACAUCCUCGCCGGUUCCGAAAACAUGGAGAGCUCCUACGUGCUCGGCAAGGGCAAAGCGCUCGAAGCCUUCCCCAUGCUCAAGGCCAACGGUCUCGCCGGUGCCGUCGUCUAUUAUGACGGACAGCACAACGACACUCGUAUGAACGUCGCCCUUGCCAUGACCGCAGUGCACCACGGUGCUGUGGUUGCCAACCACACCGAGGUGGUGGCCAUCCACAAGAAGCCCGUCGCUGGCAAGGCGGAUCAGAUCUCCGGCGCUCGAGUCCGCGACGUGCUCACCGGUGAAGAGUGGGACGUCAAGUGCAAGUGUCUUAUCAACGCGACUGGUCCCUUCUCCGACACUUUGCGAAAGCUCGACGCUCCUACCGCACAGGAGAUUGUUGCUGCAUCGUCCGGUGUCCACAUCACCCUCCCUGGUUACUUUUCGCCGCGCGACAUGGGUCUCAUCGACCCUCAGACCUCGGACGGCCGAGUCAUCUUCUUCUUGCCGUGGCAGGGCAACACCAUCGCCGGCACCACCGACACGGCUGCUCCUGUCGAGGCGCAUCCUCGCCCCAAGGAGGAGGAGAUCCAGUGGAUUCUCGACGAGGUGCGCAACUACCUCAGCCCCGAUAUCAAGGUUCGACGUGGCGACGUGCUCAGCGCGUGGUCCGGUCUGCGCCCCUUGGUCAAGGACCCCGCUGCCACCGACACGCAGUCGCUGGUGCGAAACCACAUGAUCAACGUCUCCGAGUCCGGUCUGCUCACCAUCGCGGGUGGCAAGUGGACCACCUACCGUGAGAUGGCCGAGCAGACCGUUGAUCGUGCCAUUGACGAGUUCAAGCUCAAGCCGCAGCGUGGAUGCGUCACCAAGAACACCAGGCUGUUGGGCAGCCACGGCUGGACCAAGACCAUGUACGUCAAGCUCCUGCAGCGUUUCGGUCUCGAGACAGAGGUGGCACGUCACCUUGCCAGCACUUACGGUGACCGAGCGUGGAGCGUGUGCUCGAUCGCCGAGCCUACUGGUCAGCGAUGGCCAGUGCACGGCAAGCGCAUCGACCAGCUGUACCCAUACAUCGAAGCCGAGAUCCGCUACGCUUGCCGAAGCGAGUACGCUGCCACUGCACAGGACUUCAUCGCACGCCGAACGCGACUCUCAUUCCUCAACGCCGAGGCGACGGUGGAUGCGUUGCCUCGCGUGAUCGAUGUGAUGGGCGAGGAGCUGGGCUGGGAUGAGAAGCGCAAGAAGCAGGAGUGGGCGGACAGCGUCGACUUUAUGUCGAGCAUGGGUCUCCAACCUGCCCGCGUUCAGCAGCUCAAGGAGACGUCGCUCGACCAGAUGCGCAAGCUUCGCGAGGGCCAGCAGAAGGCGCUCAAGGUAUCGUCGCUCGGUGCUGCAUCGCUCGACGAGAAGGACGCGCUCGCCGUCGCCGCGCGCGCCUCGUUCACCCCGGAGGAGAUGGAGGAGCUCCGCACCAAGUUCAAGCUGCUCGACGUCAACAAGGACGGCAAGCUCGACUCGAAGGAUCUCAAGGAGGUGCUCCAACGUAUUGGGUAUGAUGAGGUCGACGACUCCACCCUGCGCGGCAUUGUGAGCGAGGUCGACUUCACCAAGACCGGCGCACUCCACUUUGAGGAUUUCCUGGACGUCUUUGCCGCACUCAAGGAUGCGAGGUUGGAGAACGCUUUCACGCACAUUCUGAGCGAGAUGGACUCGCAAGGUCUGCAGCCCCCUGCACAUGAUCCUGUGGGACCCGCUGCGAAGGAGAAGUCGCAGCGAAGGGAUGCUAGCCGCACCAUUCCCGUCGAGAAGAGCGGCGGUGGAUGGUAG